UUUCUUCGUCUUGGUUAUUGCUGCUGUUUACGCAUCAGCAACCAUGUCGGAGACGGCGCCAGUCGCUCAGUCUACAUCAGCUGCCCCUGAGAAACCUGCCGCUGCAAAGAAGGCCAAGAAGCCAGCGAAAGCUGCUGCUCCUCGGAAGAAGCCCGCGGGGCCUCCAGUGUCUGAGCUCAUUGUGCAAGCGGUCUCCUCUUCCAAGGAUCGGAGUGGCGUGUCCCUGGCGGCGCUCAAGAAGGCGCUGGCGGCGGCGGGAUACGAUGUGGAGAAGAACAACAGCCGCAUCAAGCUCGGGCUGAAGAGCCUGGUGAAUAAGGGCACCCUCGUGCAGACUAAGGGCACUGGCGCUACUGGCUCCUUUAAGCUGAACAAGAAGGGCGACUCCAAGGCCAGCACCACCAAGGUGUCAGUGAAGGCGAAAGCACCCGGGUCUGCUAAGAAACCCAAGAAGACUGCUGGCGCUGCCGCAAAGAAGACUGUCAAGACUCCGAAGAAGCCCAAAAAACCUGCAGUCUCCAAGGCUUCCAAGAGCCCCAAGAAGCCGAAGGUGGUGAAGCCCAAGAAGGUAGCCAAGAGCCCUUCGAAGGCGAAGGCAGUGAAGCCUAAGGCUUCCAAGGCAAAGGUGACAAAGCCAAAGACCCCAGCUAAGCCCAAGAAGGCGGCGCCCAAGAAAAAGUAAACAGUUGGAGGCUUCUUCAAUAACCCAACGGCUCUUUUCAGA